AUGCCGAGAUCGGUACGGCUGCGGCUUUGCAACAGAGGCUGGAGUCCUUGGCCGAGGUCGCCGCCGCAGUGCACUCUGAAAGGUCGUGGCAGAAGGUUCGUUUGUUGGCUCUGGUCAAACCAUGGGCAAAGCAGGAGGGGAGACCGGGUCGUUGUCAGGCAGUCUGGGGGAAAAAUAGUGAAGACAGUGACGUGUUGCCUGAUCUCGGUCGCGCAGGUCCAACCUCUAUCCCUCGGUGCGGAAUCGAUUCAGCUAGAGCUUGACGGCAAAGAUGUGGAAGUGCCAGCUGCGCAGAUUGAGUUGGCGAGGUGGCUAGCCGGUCCUGAGGCGACCCCGCAGCUGGCUGAGUUGGCCCGCAAGCUGCUGCAAGACGGCUCCUUGCUGCAGAAGCUUCGAUUCUUGCCUGCACAGGCUUGGCUGCUCGCAGCGACCUCAGAAUCCAACGUUGCACAACUCAGCCCAGAUCUAGUGGCGCCAUCGUCAGCUGCUCUGCUCUGCAUAGACUUCAAG